AGUUUCUCGUUUGAAAAUGUGUCUAGGAGAAGAAGUGCGAGCGAAAACGGAAUACAAUAGCACAGUUGUCAAGGUCGUUUUUACAUCACAGGACUUCUAAAAGUCAUGGAACAAUUCGGUGGGUCCUCCGGCUCCAGGGCGACAACAAAGAAAACCGUGACCCUCGGCACCAGCAGCCACAAGAGCCCCAUAUUCUCAAAUGCCUCCUCGCAGCAAUCAUCCGCGAGAGGUGGACCACCACAACUACACCACGCCCACUUUCCUGCCGGCGGUACUACGACAGCCGCGUCUUCUAACACCAGCAGCGCUCGAGGUGGUGGAAUGAAGAUGAGCAGUAAUUUCCCCCCCUCUUCGUCUUCCUCCCACCAGCACCAUGACAACAACACCACCAACCACUCCCACUCCUCCACCCGUCCCGCGCUGUUCACCGCCACCGUCUCCCGGAAGCGCGCGGAACAGGAUGCGGUCUUGUUGCAGAACCGGAUCCAGCUGCUAAGAUUGGAGGAGGAGAAAGCGAUUCAAAAGACGAAGGAAACCGAGAAAAAGGCGGUGGACAUUCUGAACCUGCGGCUGCGGAACCAGAUAUGACGGUGCACAACCCCCCCUGCUGCUCCCCCUCAUUUGUCAUGCAAAAUAAGUACUUAAUCCGCCCUUUGCCUGUUACCACUGCUUGCAUGACAAGUUAUGCUAGCCCAAAUAGCACUAUACUCUAGUGCAAAUUUGUCAUGUAAAACCGGCAUCGUUGCUGGUGCUUGUAUUGCCGUUCAUGCAAUACAAAUGAGGGGGAGGGGGAGUUGUGCAUUGUUAUACCAGAAACGGUUGGACGAGAAGAACGAAAUCGAGACUGAGGAACGGAUAUGCACUGCAAACAAUGUAUUGGUCUGGAAAGUUGUGAUGCUAAUGUUGGAAUGAUGCGAAACCUGUAUUACGGGGCCGCGCAUGACAAGUUUCUGAGCCAGCGGCUAUGUCUAGCGCCAACCGCAUGACAAAGCGCCUUUUUGCAUGACAACGAAGUGGCACUGUAGCACAACAAGCAUGGCAGACUUUUCAAACUUGUCGGCCAAGCAUCACAAACUUGCAUUCUUCCAGACCGCCCAGACAUAUUUGCAGUGGAUAACGAAAGACGAAGGAAUACCAGAAGUCGCUCGUGCAAAAACGGAAGGAGGAGAACGUGAAAAAUAAUAGCAAAGCGGUCGGGCAGGAUCUGCAGCGCAAGAAGCAGGACUACUUACGAUCCGUGGAAGAACGGAAACGAGCGGAGCUUGUGCGAAAGCAGGACGCGGAACAGUACAGACUGGAAGCGGAGGAGACGCGACAGAGAGUCAGGAGGGAGCGGUAGGAAGAUGUUGCUAGAUUCUUUUGCGGCUGUGUACCUUCAAUGUGCAUGACAAAGAUCUCACUGAUCCAACAGCAUGAAGAUGAUGAUGAUGAUGAUAAAGUGCAAUACAAAUCCACAGAAGAACUACACUUUCAGGUUGAUGAGCCAAACGAGACAGCAGCAGGCUUUGGACGCGAAGAAGGGCAUUGGCGCUAUGGAAUGCCAUGAAAUUGCCAAUGAUCUUCCACCGUCUGAAAUUAUUGAAGAUGUUUGGCAUAGUACAUGAGUCGAUGUCAAUCGCACCUCCAGCCAUAAAGAUCAAUGAUGACAAGUUUAUUUCGGUUCUUGCGCUCUGUACUGGGAGACCCACUCGCGAUCGCCAUUCAUCCUCGCUUCAAGCAUGAUAAUGCCGCAUCUUCAGGAAAAGUUCAGUCGCGUGAGCAUCACUGGCAUAGAAAUUUUUACGGCCGAUAAGCUCGAAGAUCUUUCAAGAAAAACUCGAACGUGAAUUGGAAAUGAAAAAACAGAAAGAGGACUUGAUUCGAGGUACUUUUUACUCUGAUGCUUUAUUUUCAUGUGUGAAUGAUACAUGUAAAGCAGAACAACAACAAUCUUUGUCAUGCGUUGCAUCAAAUCCCAUGUCAAUUGUGUGGCAGCUGUGUAGCUGCUACACGCGAUCUUCAGCAAAAGGCACCCAAGAAGCGAAAUUCUUGACGAUCGCAACAACAACAACAAAAAAAUCCGCACCGCUUUUUCGUCCUGCCGGGAUUUUUGGUCGGCUCGGUCGUUCCUGCUAGAAACAACAUGAUCAGAGAUAUAGAUCAUGCCAAGAACAUCUUCCCCCACUAAUCGUGAUCGAGGACGAGGAGAUCUGAUCAGUAAAAUCGGUUCGUCGAGGAGAUGCAGCUCUUCCUACUUCGCCUUCCAAGGAUGCUGUUGACCACGCCGGAAAAGUACUAGUAGAGCGAGGUUGCUUUUCUUCUUCACGACUACCAAGGACGGCGAAAAGUUGCACGUACGACCUGCCAGGAAAGAACCGCAACACUCCACUCAGGAAGCGCCAUCAGGACGAGCGGUCGUGAUCACGGGAAAAAGAGGCCGCUUCAGGAAUCCCAUCAACCCUCCAGCAACAUCUUCACAACCUCAGGAACAUCAAAAGGACAACUCAAACUCAGGAAUUAUGUGGAAGCACGACAGGCAGCGGGACGACCAUGCAGAUAUAUAUUCACCAGGAUCAGAAAUGCAGCCUGCUCCGUUGUGCAUCCACAUCUUGCUACGUACGACCUACUCGGGAUGAAACGUUGCGAACCCGAACGGGCGACCUUGAUACAAAUAGUGGCCGCGUGACCAAAAGUGAUCACAAUCCUCGUCCACGAAAAUUAAUAACGAGGAGAUCUUCACAUUGAUUAUUGCACGAAGAUGAUUUAUUUUGUUCGGUUCGUAUGAAACAAAAGCAAAACAGCACCACGACUCAAAUGAAAAUUUACAGCGAUGGAGCGCGAAGAGCUUUCCCUGAUCAAGAAGUUGCAGGAGACCCAACAGCGACAGCAGGCUGCGUACGAAGUUCUGGAGGACAUCGUGAGCCAGCCACAGUCACGGAUGAGCUCUUCUCGGUCGGAUUUCAAGACAGAUCGCGGGGGAUCUGGUGACCAUGGAGGAGGUUCUUCAACGGGCGUGAACGUGAAGCCUCAACAUAGCGGCUUGACUUCCAAACCUGGCGGCGAAAGUUACACGCGGUCCAGCAGCAAGGGCGUGGUCGAGCAGGAGAUUCUGGACAAACUCAGUAAGAUCCGGUCGCAGAGCAGCAGUCACUCCAUCGCCGAAGAAAGCGGGUUUGAGGCGGCAACGCCCAUGAUGCAGCUAGGCGGGGCAGCCACAGACAACUACAACCUGCUGUCGGGGCAGACCCCGAAUUUCUCCGACGCAGGGGACUAUUACAACAGGUAUUUUAGCUGUGGUUUGAGCGACGUUUUCUUUUUUGUGAGAGAUGUUGAGAGGAGAACAAGGAGAGGAUUCCGAUUUUUGAAAGAUAGUUUUCAUCGAUUCAGAGUCUCUCGGUAGAUGCAUGAUUCUGGCACUGACGUUAUCAAGAGCAGUCAUAAGUGACACGAUCGAGGAAGGACGUCGGUUUGGAACCACUACAUAAAAAGUAAUUGCAGUGCUUAACAAGAAUAGCACUGAGAGUGAUUGAAGAUUCGGAUUCCUUUUCACAAUAUAUCACGAGAACCCCCAUCAAACUUCUCUCACAGUUACACACCUCCUUCUGGCAACAUCAACCUCCUCGACCCCGGCGCGGGUAACGCUGCUGCUGCUGCUGAGACGCGAAAAACACCAGCGGAUCUUCACGCUGCAAGAAAGCUGGAAUUGCCGCUGCCGAAACACCCGGAAAUUGUGACGAAUCCAACAACAUCGGUCAAUGACUCGGAGGCCAGUAGUUCUCAAAACAUCAACUCUGCAAUUCUAGGACAAGAUCAGAGUGUGACAGACGUACAACUAGAGGAGGGAACGAGAAACAACAAGAUAAAAAGUCGGUUUGAUGAAACCUUUUCGGACAACGACGUUGCUGAUGCUGAUGACGUUGGCCAUGGCCAGUUGUUUGGUCUAGAGGAGGGCGAGCAGGAGAAGAUGACUUACCUCACGUCCGACGGCCAAAGGAUCCAGAUUGACACUGGCCCGGAGCUGCUGGACACGGGUCUGGAAGGAUUAGAGGAGGACUUGCAACUGGCCAUGGACUUGAACCACAAGUGACUGUGACCACAUAUUGCAGCACGACCCCAUAAUGCCGUCUGUGGUCACUCGCUCGUGCUGCCGAAGGAAGUUGUAUUUGGAAGGACCAAAACCGCCGCUGGGCGGCUCAUCUUCAUCUUCACGUGCUCGAGCCUACUUCGCCGUCGAUGUAGUAAAAAACUGUCUGUGAGUUGCUGGAUUUCCAAACCUAAUGAGAGAGCGAGUAGAGCAGGUAUCUUCGUCGAGAAGAAUGUCACAAAUUCAAGCAAGUGUCGAUGACAAAUCUGUUGUAUGUGGUUUCAAAGUUUCACAGAGGACAAUAUUGAUUCAUCUAUAUUUCACAGUUUCUCUCGUAUACAGUAAAUCGGUUUUUCACCGUCCUGCCCUAGUUCUCGCCGCGAGAAUGCCUCAGUAAGUCGCGAGAAAGCUCAGUAGUGCUAGAGCUAGACGCCUUGUGUAGAUGCUCGGCAAGAAGCAACUACAAAGGGACUGGGUCGCACUAUUAGGCUAGGAAAGGACGAAAAGCGAAGCGAAAGAUAGUGCCUAGAUUGUUGCAAGAUUCGAGGACCGCGCCGGAUUACAGCGCAACCCGUCGAAUUUGCUGACAGCAGGACUACGCCCAAAGACUGGGAAAAGCUUACGCAGACAAAGAAGAACAAGGAGCAGAGCAAGGGCCGUAGAUAUGUUUUUGUAGUAGAGGCAUGAAAACAUAUGGCCACCAGCACCGGAAGCAGACCAGACCAGCAAGGCAGCAAGCACCACCGCGGAAACCGGCGAAGAAGACGAAGAAAGAGGCCCAGCAGUAGUGCUAGGCGCUUGCCAUCGGGCAGGCGGGAACGAAGACGACGCAGCAAAAGGAGAAAUCGCCAGUAGAAGGAGUGCGCGCUCGGGAUCGAGGCGUAGGCGAAAGGAGUAGUAAGAGGGCGAGAGCUCCGCAGCAGUUGCGGACAACGAGCAGGCAAACGAAGAAGGACGCUCGGGGAAGAAAAGUUGAGUUGUGUUAUCAGGAUGUAGAUGUAGACUUAGAUGUAGGCGAGACUAGCUGUGAAAUUAGAACUUCAAUUAGACAGACUGAAUAUAUCAUGCUAGAAGUCAGACUAUAUUUUUUUAGGAUAGGUCUCUCACUCUCUCUCAGUAAUGCUAGCUGGACCACUAUGACGAAGGAAUACACAUCGCGCCAACGUAGAUAGAGAUACUCCACUCAUGGAGUUAUAGAAUUUAGUGGCCUUGUGUUCUCUCGAGUACGAUCCAACGACCACUGCAAAACAGGAUUGGGACUAUUUCCCAACACUAGUUCUCGCCGCGAGAAUGCCUCAGUAAGUCGCUCCGUCACGAGAAUGCCUUGUCAACAGGCAGCACCGUUUUUUUGUGCCCUGAACGCAUUCGCCCCUCGUUUUCUCUAGAACAGGCCCCCUGUUCCAAACAUCUUAUUCAGGAAGUCGGGGCUUCUCGAGAUUUCCUUCAGAAGGGGACAUCCCUUCUUCUGGGCUUUCCGCGUGAUUUCCUUUGGGAAUUCCCUUCUCCUGGGUUUUUCGCAUGACUUCCUUUGCGAAAUCCCUUCUCCAUCUCCUGGGCUUUCCACAUGAUUUCCUUUGGGCAAUCCCCUUUGCUGGGCUUUCCGCGUGAUUUCUUUUGGGAAAUCCCUUCUCCUGGGCUUUCCGCGUGAUUUUCUUUGGGACAUCCCUUUUCCUGGGCUUUCCGCAUUAUUUCCUUUGGGAAAUCGCUUCGUCCAGGUUUUCCGCAUGAUUUCUUUUAGGAAAUCGCUCGCCCCUGGGCUUUCCGCGUUUCUUUAUAGGAAAUCUCUUCCUUAGGAGCCGGCCGCUGAUCUCCGCGUUAGCACGUAGUGGAGGCAAGCUCCUUCUGAUCUUCACUGCGAAACAGAGCGGAGACGAGCUCGGUGGCUAAGGUUUGGGUGGGAUAGGGUCUGUGAUAAGUAUCGGGGUUUCUCCUUUGAUAUGGAUCAGAGGGUCCGCGAUGUCGGACUUUUCUCCUUUGAUAUGGAUCAGACGACUUUUCUCCUUUGAUAUGGAUCAAAGGAGAAAAGUCCGGACUUUUCUCCUUGCAAAGGAGAAAAGUCCGCUGGAUUGAUACCAGAGCGAGCAGCUCCUGGUCCAAGUCCUUCUGUUUUUUUUUUUGAUUGGACAGUUGCCAUUCGGGCACUGGGCUGGAUCUGCCUUGGACCUGGACACCAGGAAGGGGUACGUCUGCAUUAAGCCGAAGCUGUAGAUGCAAGAGCAGAAGUUUUUCUUUUUUCAGCAUGGCUCUGUGCAUGACAAGAUCAUUUGGUAUCCAUUUUACCUAAGUGCCGUCCUGCCCUAGUUCUCGCCGCGAGAAUGCCUUGUCAACAA